AUGUGUCGUGAUCAUAUAAAGCCUACAAAUAUUAACCCCAAUCAACUAACCAAUGACGUCUCAUUUCUCCCAGGGGAGAUCCGGGACGAAGCUCACCGCGGCUACGCUGACUCCCGACGAACCGUGUCAGCCAUGCUGGACACGCUGGCACAGAAGAAGACGGACGCCAACUGCAAGGAGGUGGCCAGAGACGGCAUGACCUGCUACCAGUGCACCGACGCCAAGGGAUUCCAGACGGAGGACUGCGCCUACGCCAGCAACAGUAAGGACCCCAACAACCAGCACGUGAGCUACAGCGAGUCCUCCUCCUACGGCGACCCCAAACAGGACAAACACUCCUCCACUCCCGGCGACAAGCACAAGCGAGACGGUGGCGACACCUAUAACUUUGACUACGAGCCGGACUUUGACGGGAUCGAAAUCGACUCGGAACGUGACGAUUAUCAUUCGGGCUCCCAAGGCGGGAGAAACUCUCAGGAUCCAGACGAACAUUUCUCAGGAGAAGACGACUUCCUAACUCCCGACGAGGAGCAGGAUAAGGCCCGCUAUCAGACCCCGGGAGCGUUCAAGUCGGGUCGGUUCCGUGAUACUUAUGCCGGUCGUGUCCGAUCCCGGUCUAAGCGUCACGCGGGCCACUAUCACGGUCCUGAGGAUAACUCGAACACCACCGAACAUCAGCCUGUAGCGGAUGACUCGUACACCGGUCGGGCCCUGGCGAGGUUUCUAAGUGACGAUGAGCAUAACCACGAGGUCGGGCCGAGGACUGAUACCCAGGGUGAGCUGCAGUACCAUGAGGACACACCGCAGUACCGCUCUGAGGAGCCACAGUACCGCGCUGGGGUAGCACAGUACGGCGAAGAUACACCAAAGUACCUCCAGGAAGUACCAAAGUACCACAGUACCACUACCACAGUACCACAGUACCACUCGGACGCUCGUCCAGCACAGCGUCGCAGCGGAGGCGGGUACCACGUGCGGGGAGUUGUACCCGAGUACCACCGUAAGGUGGAGUCCUCCCAGUCCUCCGGUGGCGGUUACGACAGGUACGGCACUGGCCAGCGCCGGCCCGCGCCCCCUCCACCAUCUCAGGAUUACACUGAGGAGCACGACGCCGGUUACCGAGACGGCGACCACAGCGCCACCAUCGGCGAUCUCUUUGACUACAGGUUCGGAAAAGCGCCGAUAGAUGACAAGUUUGUCGAGAGGCUGCAGGAAGACCGUCAAGAUGACGAGCCUGCUGAAUAUGAGUACGAUGAUUCCGAGAGGCCUGAGUAUGAAGACCCCAACGUCCCUGACUAUGACUAUGACUAUCAGGGAAGUGGCCAGGAUUAUGAGUAUGUGGACUACCCCUCACAGCGGCGGCCGUCCAGAGCUCCUGAGGACACACCCAACAGAUAUUCCGACUACCGAGACGGCCCUCCCCAGUACUAUUCAAGAAACCCCAGCGGACACACUUACCCCGCAGUCGACUCGUAUCCAGCUCAGCGACAGCAGCGCCGCGGUGCGGAGAACUCCAGAAGCACUGACAGUCAGGAACCCGAGCCAUCUCAGCGCAGCUACGGCGCAGAUGGUGCUGCCACCUACAACAAAGACCGAUACCAGCGUCAUCAGGCGGACGAUCGUGACAACAGCGUCAAAGAGCGCGAGCGAGCGCAAGACAUGGCACCUCUAAACGACGAACCAGCCCCGUACGAAACUCACACCUACGCCAACCCUGACGCCACUCGCUCCUACGAGGUAUCCGCCCACUCGAGGCCCUCUCUGACAGAUGACCUGGGCAUGCCCCGGGGGUACCUCCAUAGCGACACUCGCCCCACGAACGGCCGAUCGGCUCCCGGGUACGGGGACGGUUCGGAGACGAGGUAUGACCGCCCGGAAACAUACGCCAGCCUGAACCGUGGCUCGGCCAUGACCCGGCAGUACCAGGACCCAGGAAGGGAGUUCUUCAGGAGCCACCCGGUCGGCUUCGAGCACUUCCCCAACUUUGAUUACGUCGAGAAGGAGAAGAAAAAUAAGUAGGCCUCGAGAAUCGCUUUCGAUGUGACAGUAUUUUAGUAUGCUUACUUGUUUUGUUUCUGUUUUGUGAAGAUAUCUCCUGGUGUGUUAGUUAUGUUGUCAUCGUUUGUGUUUAAUUUUGUUGUUGCCUGACGUUUUUGUAUAAUGUAAGGGUGUAAGGACAGGACAUAGUAACGCAGCACAUGUGGUAAAAUGCAAAUAUGUAUAUUCGAUUUAUUGCAACAUGUUCUGUAAGCGAUUCAGUGCCGGCGAGGCGCUCGAGGUGAAGGUAGUAAAAUUGCAAAUAUAGUGCAAUGUAUAAGGAAUACUCAGAAAGCGACCAUAGCUGUAUCGCGGUAGGACUUAUUUAUAUUGCAACAGUACUGUUUUAUCUAAAGUUAAGCUAAUACUUUAGUUAGAAUUUAAUAUGUGUGGGUAGCAACCCAGCUGACAGAAAAGUAAGAUAUACUAAUAUACUGAUAUACUGAUAUACUGAUAUUAUAUCUGCUGGUGAAUGUACAAUAGAACAAAAAGAUCUAUAGUCAAAUGGCGCACUCAAACGAUUUAAUUACCGAAAACUGUCUAAUUCGUUUAUCACUUCUAACGGUGCCAUAAUAUAAUUGGUGUGGGAGAGUUACUACACUAGCAAGUAGCAAAUACCAAGGCAGUAAGUAACAUGCACUCUUCAAUCUUCAUGCAUUCGUGCAUUCUUCAGUAGGUAACAUGCACUGCACACCUCAUCUUAAGUCACAUUUCAAUAUCAAUUUGCAAUGUACAGCGUUGUAAAGUACAUUAAAGAGACUUGAGAAUUUUUUACCGGCUUGUUUUUAUGAGAGUAGGUAUAUGUACGCUGCAAGUAUUUCUGUGUUAACUGAAACGAUUUCUGUGUAACGCACAUGUUAUGAUAACCGUUAUGCAAGCUAUGUCGAAGUACAACAAUAAAGCACCUUCUUUGGCA